UCACUGGAGAUCCGCAUUUUCAAACCUUGCCACCGCAAAUUCCACCAGGAAGAAGCAGAAAUUUGGAUAGGGUGGUAGCUCAACUCGAAACAAUGCUCACCUCCAGGUCAUUUCUGCUCCAGUUGGGUUUGAGUCUGAUAGUGUCAACCGGCACUUGCUCUUGUAAACCUCUUGGGAAUGAAGUUGCAACACCCCAGGAGUUUUAUUCCCUGCAGCCAGAUGAGGACCUCAUAGAGGAGGAAGACAUGGAUGCAAAGAUGGAAAGCCUUCUGGGGACCAUGAAGGAAAAUUUCCUGAGGAAGCUUAACCUGUCAGAUGUUCCUCAAGAGCAGAGUAAAAUCAGCCCACCACAAUUCAUGAUGGAGCUCUACAACAAGUAUGCGACUGACAGCAGUGAAAUUCCUCAAUCUGAUGUCAUCCGCAGCUUCACUGUCCAAGAUGUAACUCUCUCUGAGACCAAUGGCACGAAGUCAAAGCUGCGGCUUCUGUUCAAUGUCAGCAUACCGAGCCACGAAAAGGUCACCGCCGCUGAAUUACAGCUCUUCUUCCUGCCGGAUAUCAGGUCGACAGUCAUUUCCCAGGUUUUCGAGGCCACUGUAAAAGUAUACCAAGUGCAAGACGGUGACUCUAAAGCCGCCACGCUUCCUCUGGACGGUAGAGGGGUAAAAGGUUCGCAGAGCAUGUGGGUGACGAUGGAUGUGACCGCUGCGAUUCGCAGCAAGAGAAUGUCAGGUCAUGGAGUGGCUGGAUUCGAUGUGGUGAUAGAUCAGAAGAACUGUGCGGACAGAGGAUGUUUCAAUAUGUGUCUGUCAAUUGGACUGAACACCUCGGCCGCCUUGAUAGUCUUCUCAGAUGAUCUUGGGAGCAGGAGGCGGGAGAUAAAGAAGGAACUGAGAGAGAUGAUGAUCCACGAAGAAGAAACCAUCUUACAGUCCGGUGGGAAGUGGAACAGAUACGGUCAGAUGGAAAACACGAUCCCAGAGGCUCGACAUGCGCGGCGGAAGAGGAAGGCAGAGGCGGGAUACUGUCGACGGACAUCUCUAAAGGUCAACUUUAAUGACAUUGGCUGGGACAGUUGGAUUGUGGCGCCACCGCAGUACGACGCUUACGAAUGUCGAGGGUUAUGUUACCACCCCCUGACAGAUGAAUCAACACCGUCCAAGCACGCACUCAUCCAAACUCUCAUCAACAUCAGGAACCCCAACAAGGCCAAUAUGGCAUGCUGCGUUCCCAUAAAGCUGGACCCCAUCACGGUGAUGUACCAGGAGAAUGGACGGCUCACUAUCAGAUACCUUUAUGAGGAAAUGAAGGUGGCCGAGUGUGGCUGCAGGUAGUUUCUCAGGCCGGAUUUAUUUACACAUAGUUCCCCUAAACCAUUCACUAACUCAGCAUCGCUUCACUAUGAUGAAUAAACAUUCACAUGUCAGAUCGAGUUUAUGAAUAUUACAGACCUGAGAAACGCUAGAAAUAAAUCUAUCAGUAACCAUAACCAUGUUCAGGAAGUAUUCCAUAAACAAAACUCAGGCCUUACAUUUGUUUUGCACAUUAAGUUAAGAUCAUUCAGCUGUUCAUCAGAGGAUGAGAUAAGGUCGAUGACAGCCGGUUAUUAUCCCCAGCAUACAUUAUUAGCUCCUUAAAAUGUGGGUUUCCACCAUCCAGGUUGCAUAUGUUUCGAAUCAUUAUUAAAUAGAGUAAAAGGGUUAACAAUGAUAAGUAUGGACCGGUUUUCCAUUUAAGCUUUCCAAUUUCUUUAUGUCAUUCAUUUGAUUUUCUUUUUUCUUUUACAUACAUUUUUGCAUGUCAACCCCAUCUUCAACGUUGACAAAAGGAAUGUAUUCAACAAGGUAUUUGACAAAACAAAUAUCCACAAAAGAAACUGCAUUUUAUAGUAGAUGAAUUUUAGCCUGAAAUGUUUAACAAUAUCUCAUAUUUAUGCUCAUAUUUUAUCAAAUAAAAAUGUAAAUCUGUAUAAUAAGUACAUUAAUAUAUC